AUGUCUAUUAAUAUUAAAGUGAAGCCUGAUACCGAAGUCAAAAAAGCUACAUUUACAACUGUAGGGAAAAAAAUCGACAAUGAUGAUGAUGAAAUUAAUGCAAAGGCAAAAAUGAUAAAACAAGAAUUAGAGUUUGAAAAGAAAAAUAAAUCAAAUUCAACUUAUUUUGAUAUUGCCUUCCUGGGAGGAAAAUUCCCACUUUUCAGUAUGUCUAGCAAACAAAAAAGAGAG